UCAAACGAAUUUCUUCUCAGACGAAAGUCCCCUUUGAUCAUCAGUCGUCUGCUUACUUUUGUGUACUAUGCACCUUCAACGAUUUGUGGCUGCUGUUUUGGCGCUUGUCGCUGGCUUCGAUGUGAUACUUGGCAUAGGCAUCAUUGUGCCGGGCACGAAAUGGUGUGGACCCGGCAAUAUAGCGCUCAAUUACGACGAUUUGGGCGUCGAAAGGGAGCUGGACAUGUGCUGUCGCGCGCACGACAACUGCCAGGAGAAAAUACCACCGCAAGAGGAAGCCUAUGGACUGAGCAAUGAUGGCAUCUUUCCCAUCUUCUCCUGUGCCUGCGAGUCUGCCUUUCGCAAUUGCCUCACUUCGCUGCACAACACACAAUCGCUGACUCUGGGCCGCAUUUACUUUCGCGGCAAAGAUGUUUGCUUUGCACAUGGCCAUCCCACAGUCUCGUGUACUGAGAACCAAGUGGACAUGUUCGAGAAGCGCUGCCUAAGCUACAGAGUGGAUGAGACACAGCCGAAGCGCUGGCAGUUCUACGACUUGGCCUUCUACACACAUGUCGAGGAGAGCACAGAAGAUUGAACUAUUGGCAUUGGCCAGCGAUAAGCCAACGAUUACAAUACAUCAACAAUUCCAUUCAAUUAAAAAGUUUGUUGUUUUG